GCGACAACUAGUUGGGCUUACAAAUCAUAUCAGUUUGUCAUACACAAGCAGUAACAACCCAAUCCAAAAUCAAGAUGUUCAAGUUUUUCGCUCUCUGCCUGUUCGCCGUUGUCGCUCUGGCCGCCGCCAAGCCCCAAUUCCUGGCCUACAGCGCACCCUAUGUGGCAGCCACGCCCUAUGCGGCCGCCUACACCAGCGGCGUUUACGCCUCGCCCUACACAGCCGCCUACACCAGCGGCGUGUAUGCAUCGCCCUAUGCCUACAGCGCGUAUCCCUACAGCUCCCUGUACCUGAGACGUUGAGGAUGAUCGCGACAGAGCGCGCACUCACACUAGCGAGUGAACACUGUACCUGGCUUGUUGAUGACCCACAUUGAAAUUAAACUGCAAUAAAACGAGAGAAUUUCACGACUA